AGGUUUAGCUCAGCCUAUUUAAUAACUAUACAUGAAAAGGUUUAUCUGCUGAUGAAGUGCUGCAUCAUUCUGCAAGGAAAGACUGAUGCAACAAAAAGCAGAAGAAUGAUGCUAAAUGUGUGUGAAUGUUCAGAAUGUGAGAACAAACAGGUAGUCAGGCAGUGUAAAACCUCAAAGCUGCUGCUUGUUUUCUCGUUUACUGAUCUGACAGUUAAUGGUGAUAAGACAUCAGCCAGACUCUGCUAUGAUGAUGUCACUGAGAAUGACUCCCCCCACUUCUCUGGUCCUUCUACUCCUAAUUUAUGGAGUUGUUGCCCUAAAUUGGUGGGGUGUGAAUUACAACUCUGAAUCUCUCUGUGCUCUAAAGGGGUCUGCAGUGACCAUGGGCUGUACUUAUACAUAUCCAAGAGGUCACUCAGUCCAAAAAGCUUUCUGGACCAAAUACUUGACUUCAGGUUCGGAACCUCCUGAUCUGUUAGUUGAUCCAGCGUACAGAGGCAGAGUUCAGUAUCUUGGAGAUAAACAACAAAACUGCACUCUCAGACUGAGUGAUGUGAGAGAAAAGGACCGGAGAAAAUACUACUUCAGAUUUAUAACAGACCAACCUGGAGGACGUUGGCAAGAUAUAAAUGGAGUUGAUCUUUCAGUCACAGAUCUCCAGGUGGAGGUUCCUGAGAGAGUGAUAGAGGGAGAUAAAGUCACUCUCACAUGUAAAACCACCUGCAGUCUGACAGUCAGACCAACAUUCACCUGGUACAGAAAUCGAUAUCGUUUAUCCUCCAGUACUGACCAACUCCACCUGCAGUCGGUCAGCAGGGAGGAUGCAGGCAGGUAUCACUGUGCUGUACUGGGUCUGAACCUUCACUCUCCUGAGGUCACUCUGAACGUCAGAUAUCUCCAGGUGGAGGUUCCUGAGAGAGUGAUAGAGGGAGAUAAAGUCACUCUCACAUGCAAAACCAGCUUCAGUUUGACAGUCAGACCAACAUUCACCUGGUACAGAAAUGGACAUCGUUUAUCCUCCAGUACUGACCAACUCCGUCUGCAGUCGGUCAGCAGGGAGGAUGCAGGCAGGUAUCACUGUGCUGUACUGGGUGAGAACCUUCACUCUCCUGAGGUCACUCUUAAAGUCAGAUAUGGUCCAAAGAACAUCUCAGUCUCCAUCAGUCCCUCUGGUGAAAUAGUGGAGGGCAGUUCAGUGACUCUGACCUGCAGCAGUGAUGCAAACCCACCUGUGCAGAACUACACCUGGUUUAAAGGAACAUCAUUUGUAGCAAAAGGAGAGACUUACACAAUGAACAAGAUCAGCUCUGUGGACAGUGGAGAAUACAAGUGCAGAUCCAGUAAUGAACAUGGAGAGAAACUCUCUGAAGCUCUAACUCUGAAUGUUUUACGAGAAAGAGAAAAGGUCAUUCAGCUGGACAACCCAAGUCAAUACAGGCAAGAAAACCUCUAUAGCAACAUGGGAACAAGACCUUCAGAAAAUAACGCAACACCAGAUUUGGCCAAUCAGGAUGAUGGUUUUUAUUCAACAGUUGAGCUCUGUGGACGAAUCAACCCCACCUAUGGGGCCGACGACGAGGUUCAGUAUGGUAACGUCCAGCACUGCCAUGAUAGAAUAGUCCAGAAGACUCAGGAGGCUGGUGUUGAGUAUGCUUGUGUCAGAUUUUCUCGUGCUGAUCCAGCCCACAGUUCUGCUGCACUCGAGAAUCCCUCAGUGAUCUACAGCAGUGUGAACUAA